AUGUUCCUGCAGAGGCAGGCUGUACUGGUCUGGUCACUCCUCGUCGUCCUGCUCCUCAUCGCACUUGUCAGAGCCGACGUCAACAUCACUCUCGAGGACACCGCUUCACAGAUCAUCUACAGCCCCUCGGCGUGCGGUUUGACUCUUUCUUCGGCUGGAACCGAGACCGAGACCUGCGAUAGUGCAUGGCGCAUCGUUGCUGCACAGAAUGCCUCUGGCGGCACGCUCACCACCACAUCGGGGCCCACGGAUGGCAGCGGAGGGCUAGUUCCGCAGAUAUUUCUGUCUGUGAGAGCUCGUGCUCUCUUCGUCAAGACGUCCCCGUCAUCCAAUGCCAUCGCAAAUGUCACCGUGUCCAGCAUGACCAACCCAAUUGUGUCAGUCAGAUCGGAGCUGAACAGUUCCGUCGACUCCAUAUCUAUCAUCGGUCUACCCGAGGACAUUGUCACCACGCUCUCAGUUGCGUUUGUCGCGUCCAAUAUUUCGACGCAUCUGGAUAUAGACUCUAUCGCCGUCCUUAUCUCCGACAACAAUCAGUACAUCACCAUUCGUUUCUCCUCCUCUACCUUCAGCCACCAUACUUCCAUCGGUCACUCCAUCCAUCGUUAUACCCAGUCCCACCCAGACACCGACGAGCUCUGGACAGACUAG